AUGUUGAGUUCAGUUGCUGCUCGCGGAUUUUCGACAUCUUCAGCUGUUGCUGCCAAAAUCAAUAAUGUCACAAUUAUUGGCGCCGGAUUGAUGGGAUCUGGAAUUGCGCAAGUUUCAGCAAAUGCAAAACUCAAUGUUACUGUUGUUGAUAACAAUCAAAAAGCAUUGGAUAAAGCGACGAAGGGAAUUGAAAGCAGUUUGAAGAGAGUUGCCAAGAAGAAGUUUGCUGAUGAUGCGGCUGCACAAGAUUCAUUGGUCAAAUCGGUUUUGGAUCGAAUUACUGUUUCGACAAAUGUUAGUGAAGGUGUGAAGAAUGCUGAUUUGGUUAUUGAAGCGAUUGUUGAGAAUAUUGAUAUUAAACGCAAACUUUUUGCUGAGAUUGAGGGGGCUGUUAAAAGGUAAUUUUAUUGAUUCUCAGGACCCGAUAUUCAGUAUCUGAAACUAUGCCUUCGGAAAUCAUCCCCUUAUUUUGCAGCUCUGCCAUCAUCACCACCAACACAUCUUCUCUAAAACUCGAAGACAUCGGAUUGAACCUCAAAAACAAGAAGCAAUUCGGAGGACUCCAUUUCUUCAAUCCAGUCCCAAUGAUGAAAUUGUUGGAAGUUGUCAGACACGCUGAAACUUCUGAUGAGACUUUCAGCGAUUUGAUGGCCUAUGGAAAAGCUAUCGGAAAAACCACAGUUGCUUGCAAGGUUAGCAAUUUUAUAAUGAAAUCAAAAACCAUAUUUAUAUUUCCAGGACACUCCGGGAUUCAUCGUCAACCGUCUUCUCGUUCCAUACAUGUUUGAAGCGCUGCGCCUUUACGAACGUGGAGAUGCCUCAAAAGAAGAUAUCGAUGUUGCGAUGAAACUUGGAGCUGGCUAUCCGAUGGGACCAUUCGAACUUUGCGAUUAUGUUGGACUUGACACCGUCAAAUUUAUUAUGGAGGGAUGGCAUCAACAAUAUCCAAACGAUCCAACUUUCAAAACAAGCCCACUUUUGGAUGGAUUAGUCAAAGACGGAAGACUUGGACGUAAAGCUGGAAAAGGAUUUUAUGAUUAUUAG